UGUUACAUAUUUAAAAAAACCUGUAUGGCAAUGAUGGAGACAAACAAAACUCUGGUGACCGAGUUCAUCCUCACGGGACUCACAGAUCGUCCAGGGCUGCAGGUGCCCCUGUUCCUGCUGUUCUCAGUCAUCUACCUCAUCACCAUGGCGGGCAACCUUGGCCUGAUUGCUCUCAUCUGGAAGGACGCCCACCUUCACACCCCCAUGUACUCACUCCUGGGCAGUUUAGCCUUUGCAGAUGCGUGCACUUCCUCCUCUGUGACCCCCAAGAUGCUGAUUAAUUUUUUGUCAAAGAAUCAUUUGAUUUCACUCUUUGAGUGUCUAGUCCAAUUUUAUUUUUUUGGUUCUAGUGCAACAACGGAGUGUUUCCUCUUGGUAAUGAUGGCGUACGAUCGCUAUGUGGCCAUCUGUAACCCCUUGCUUUAUCCAGUGGUGAUGUCCAACAGACUCACCACUCAGCUUAUCACUGUCUCAUAUAUUAUGGGUUUUCUCCAUUUAACAGUUCAUAUGUGUUUCUCAGUUAGACUAACUUUCUGCAAGUCCAAUGUAAUACAUUAUUUCUAUUGUGAAAUUUUACAGCUGUUUAAGAUUUCCUGUACUGACCCUACAGUUAAUAUGCUCCUGAUUUUUGUAUUUUCAACCUUUAUACAAUGUUUCACUUUUAUGGGCAUCAUCAUCUCUUAUACCUUUGUCCUCUUUGCCAUCCUGAAAAAGAAGUCUGAGAAGGGCAGACGCAAAGCCUUCUCCACGUGCAGUGGCCAUCUGCUCUCUGUCUCCUUGUUCUACGGCACCAUCUUCUUCACAUUUGUGUUCUCUGCGUCUGGCCAAGCUGCAGAUCAGGACAAGAUGUCUUCACUGUUCUACACAAUUAUAAUUCCCCUACUGAAUCCUUUUAUUUAUAGCCUGAGGAACAAAGAGGUAACAAAUGCCUUGAGAAGACUAUGGAAGAAAAAAAAUGCUUUUGUCACCAUGAAAAUGCUGCAGUAG